ACAGCGACUCUCACUGGCACAAAGUGAAGGCGCCUGAGCCGACGCCCCGCGCCGCCGAAAUUCAUCUUCACCCCAAUUUCUACCCUCACCGCGCUAACGGCCGGUAAAUAAAGCGCACGCGACCGCCCUCGUCCGCUAUUCAACCACCCGCGACCGCACCGCGCACACGUACCAACCUCUCUCACCCUUGCCCGCGCCCGCGCCCGCGUUACGCAUAUGCCCGGAAUCAUAUCGCCCUUGAGUGCCUCAGGUACUGGCACAGUCGCAGGAAUGAAGCGCCCGUACGAGGAGGUGUCGGCCCCGACGUACGGCCAACCGCACCCCAAGAAGCGCAAGGUCGUGCAUUCCCUUCGCCACACGCAGCCCGGCUCGCAGCUCGUAGAACCGAUCGCCGGGGGCCAUGGUGCAGCAGGCGAUCAGGAGUUCAUCCACCAUCAGCUGCGGCGCGCGAUCGGAGUACAAUGCAAAGCGGUUGGAUUUGACGGGUCCAGGCCAGAGGCCUUGGAGGCCUUGGUCGCGCAGGUACACAACUACAUGUCUAACUUUACCGACCAUAUUCGCAAAUCUAUGUCUAGCGGCCGACGCACUGCGCCGGUACCUCAUGACUUUGUUUACGCCCUCAACUCUGUGGGUCUCACCGGCUCAGGAGUCCUCGAACCACACCUCGACACUGGCGACUUGCCAGCCUCGUUAUUGCAGCCAGCGUUUGCGCCGCCGGAGCCCGCGGAGCCUCCGCCACCCGACCUAGAGGGCAUGCUCGGCCCUGAACUGUCUGGAAGAGCAGAGAAAGAAAGCAGGAAAUAUAUACCAGAGCACUUCCCUGCAUUCCCACCAAAGCACACAUGGAUGUCAACCCCAGUAUACGCCAAGCGCGAAGUCGAUCCUCACACCAUCCGCGAGAGAGCCGCGAAGGAGGGUGUGGAGGCAGAGAAGAGCUUGCGAAGGCUCAUGGAAAGAAAGAAGGAAGGCGACCGCAAGAAGAAUGCCUCACGUGCGCAAGCUCAACGGAGCAAGGUUGCCAUCAAGCGCGAGAACUUGUGGAGAACGGCUCUGAGAGAGUCAUUAGAGGAAGAGGACGAAGAUGAGGCCAACAAGCUACGCCAGGCGCAUCGGAGAGACGAGCAGGGUUUUGCGAGCGAGGCCGACAUUCGCCUCAUUGAAGAGGACAACAAGGCCAUGGCUGAAAGACGUCUUGCCGAGCAGAUAGAAGAUGAAAAAGCAGCUGAAGAGGCUAAGAAGUCUGGGAAGGCGUACACUCCUCCAACCCCGGAAAGACGCAGGGAGAGAUACCUGCAGCAACGUAUGGAGCAGCGCGUCACCGUUAAUUACGGCCGCAAAUUUUGGCGCCAGAAGCAGAGGGACCCUUGAAAGCAGUGAGGAUCAGCGUCCUUGAGCACAUCGCGUUCCAGACAGAGAUUUUCGCGGUUUGGAUAUUCUACACCCAGCAGCAGCUUCAGCGAGCGCAGCCUUC